GGCCGCGGAGCGGCGAGAGGGUGAGCGAGGAGAAAUAAAGCCCCGAGCCCAGCCGGCGAAUGCAGCCGCGGAUGCUGAAAAUUCGCUCCGCCCGCCGCUCGUGGUCACGCUACGAAAUUCGCGUUUCGUGGGGGUGCGAGAGAACCGGACGGGUGCCGUGCGUGCGAGGUCGUCGCGGGUGCUACGAGUUCGCACGAGUAGGAGCGCCGCGAACCGCCGGCACGCGUGCGUGCGUGCGUGCGUGCCUGCGUGCGUGCAUGCGUGCGCGCGCGUGUGUAUGUGUGUGUGCGUGUGCGUGCGCGCGUGUGUGCGCGCGCGGUGCGUGCCAAGUACCGCUGAGCGUAGUGCGUAGUGUGUACGUGUCAACGACUCCCUGCGCCGCCUGUGGCCUCGUUUCGCCGACGACAUAUACAUCGUAGUUGGCGGCCACCAUCGCGUGACGCUCUCUCGCACCCGGAUAUGCCGAGGCAUGCGCCGUAAAAAUCGACGGGAUUGAUGUAUCGCAGGGCGCAGAUCUACAUCUACUACCUGCUAUGCAUAGCAGCAGUGGACUUGACGUUCACCUCCGACUCGGAGAUUACCACGGCGAAGAGUCGAGGCUGUCCGCCAGAAUGCAUUUGCCUUUCCCCGAAGCAGGUGCUCUGCAAUACAGGCGGCCUCGAAGAUAUCCCGACGCAUCAGCUGCCGGAGACCGUGGAGGAGCUGUCGCUGACGAAGAAUAACUUCCCGGUUAUCAAGGGCGACGCGUUCGCUGGCCUGCGGAUCUUGCGCAAGCUCACGUUGGACGGCAACAACAUCACCUCCAUACGACCGUUCGCGUUUCGCGGCUUAAACAGGCUGCGCGAGCUCUCGAUCCAGCACACCCCGCUGCCCUGCAUCGAGAAAUUCUCCUUCGCCGCUUUGCAGAACAUCUCGGUGUUGCUGUUGGCGAACAACAAAAUUCGCUACGUCGAGGGCUACUCGUUCGCCGGCACGUCCAACGUGCAGGUGAUCCUGCUAACCAACAAUCCGCUGCUGACCGUCCACAGCCACGCUUUCGCCGGUCUCACCAAUGUCGUCCGGCUCAUCUUUCCAUCCGGUAUCCGCAUGAUCCAGCAGGACGCGUUCGACGGUCUUCAGCACGUCGGCCUGCUCAAACUCACCUACAUGGAUCUGUCCAGCCUGCGGGCGUACACAUUCCGCGGCCUCUCGCACGUGUACUCACUCAACAUCCAGGAGAGUGACCUCGGGGUCGUGCAGAAGGACGCGUUCGCCGGCCUCACCCACGUGGAUCGGCUCAACAUACUGAACAACAAGGUCGACCUGAUCGAACGCCUGUACCUGCGCCGUGAUAACUACAUCGAGCUGUUGCGCUUCCACGGCAACCACGUGCUAGAGGCGCCGCGGCACGCCCGGGAUAUCCUCCUGGAGGUGGACACGUUGAGCGCGAUCGACAAUCACUUCCCGUGCGACUGCCAGGCCCACAACGUCCUUGAGAGCGACUUCGUGCGCGGCAACAGCGUCGAGUUCCAGCGCCGUAACUACUGCAUCUCGCCGUUCGAGUACAACGGCAAGCCCAUGAACGUGGUCGACUUCGACCUGGUUGCCCGAUGCCACGACAACGUCAUGCAGGACAACCUCGGCUCGGGCGUCGUCGGUGUCUCCUGCCUGUCAACUUUGCUGUUGUUCGCCUACCUGCUCGUGGCCAACUUGUUCCGAUGAGCGCUCUUCCAGGCCGGUUCUUCUACAGUCAUGACUGUCCUCUCUAUCUACCCCUUACUAUUAGAUGUUCCGCGUCAAGCCGAUGGCGAAGAGACGGUCUCGGUGCCGCUUUCUAUCGCGCACUUGCUGUGUCGUACGGCUUAUCGAUUCUCCUGGCGCCAUACCAGUCUUCGCGAGACUCCAACUUCUCAUAAUCCAGUCAAGUCUUUGUUGCGGCGCGAAGAAGGAGGACGCAUCGUGUUACAGCGAGUUCCGCUUCGUUAUCCACCCUUCUCGCUCCCUCUUCCCUCCCUUCUUAUCCCGCGAGCAUCGUAUUUCCGUGACUUCUUCGGCCUUCUUUUUCGAUUUACUUUCGGGAACUGGAAUGAGUAUCCUGUCAUGGAGGAUAAUUUCGUCCAGAGGGAAGUAAAGGUGCUUCUUGUAGGUCUCUCUCCGUUACUGCGCUGCGACGGUGGAUUGUUAAUUGAGAAGAGGAUUCUAAAAAGAGGAAAGAGAGAAAGAGAGAGAGAGAGAGAGAGAGAGAGAGAGAGAGAGAGAAGAGAGAAAUGUAAAUCCUGCGAAGAUAAAGCGAUAGGGGAGCUAUCGUCCUGAGAACAUCCGUUCGCGAUGAAAGAGCCCAGAUUGAGCCGGUAAUCGAUAAUUUACGAUGCUAUCGCGGCGACGACGAAUCCGCAGGAUGCGACCGCGACCACUCGCGUCAAAUGAAUACAUAUCCUCUUGCACGUAUGAAAGUAAACCAAGCGUGAUCUCACAUACCGAGAAAAUCGUUUAACUUUAGUACGUUUCUUGGUUCUCGUAAUUGUAGCGUAGCACUUAAGAAAGUUUCACCGGCAGAGAAAGAGAGCGUAAUUCCGAGCCUUAAAUUGUCUCACACGUUACGAUUGUAAGUGCGUCAGACGUACUUGACAAUUUUGAGAAUGAAUACGAUUUACGCCCGUUCCUUUAAAGACACGUAGAGGGAUCGUGUUUGUUUCCUCUUCUCUUCCUUUCUUUCUUUCUUCCUUUAUUCUUACCCGACUUCGCGGCUAAUACGCGGCGUUUACGUGAUAAUAGGUAGGCUUCGCAAUAUAUCUAGAGUUCCUAUAAUAAGAUUUGCGACAGUCCGCCGCCAUUUAUAGGGCUAGUAAUGUUGGCAGCACAAAUUUUAUGUGUAAGAUAGGUUGGAUCCAU